UUCGUUCACCGCUGGACAGAACCCGGGAUAUGAGUUACACCGAACCGCUGUGGGAGAUCAAUGGAAAUCAAGCACCAGUGAUUACAGCGGAUAUGUCGCAAUACGUCAGCGGCGAGCUCGGAAGCUACCCGAUGUGGGACAGUUCCGUAUUAUACCAAGCACCACCUCCUUCGCACUCUCAUAUGAACGAACACGGAUUAUACAGACAACCCUGUGCGUUAUUGCAUCAAAGUCGUUAUACACCCAAUGGUAGAUCUCCGAAUCUCCCAUCGUCCACCACGAAGAAACCAAGGCGUCGUGUGGCGACUGUUUCACAAAGGAGAGCAGCGAAUAUCCGCGAGAGGCGUAGAAUGUUCAAUCUGAACGAAGCUUUUGACAAGUUACGCAGAAAAGUGAGUUGCAAAAAUAACGCGUUGAUUGUUAUUGCGAUCGUGGCCCCUGUGAUUAUAUUGUUAAUUUCGUGUACCAACUUUUGCUUACGAGAAACGACUUUCAAGGAUCGAAACGUUGCGUUUGGCCAUCACUUACAUUGCGUUCAUGGGAGAGUUGCUCGGAAUCGAACCGAGUAGUCCAAAGCCAGAAUACAUUCCGAGGGAAUACUACUUGCCCAAUUAAACAUAGAAAAAGAAAAAAGAAGAAAGAAAAAUUGGAAAUACUCGCAUGAAAAU